AAGAAGAAGAAAAACGCCUUGUGCCUUCCCUAAAAAGAGUGAAGCGGAAGAAACUAAUCUAAACCAACCUGAAGCGGGACCAUUUCACAGUCAUGACUUGAGAGAAAAAAAAUAAAAAUGGACUGCAGCACAGCUGACGUGCCCAGUAUUGUGGUUCACGACUCUCCAGUUUCAGAUGACUCCUCGGAUGACAAGCCUUUGAUAAAAAGGAAGACAAUCUCUGCAUCACCUAAAAAAACAAAAACAAAAGACGACACGUCACUCAAAUCUAAUGGCACAAAUACCAAGAAAGCAGAUUUAAAUAGAGAUGACAGCUCUGACAAUGAGCCACUCAUUAAAAUAACGAAGAUGUCCUCCAAAGCUGCAAAGAAAAUAUCUGUUGAUUCAAAGCAGCAAGAAUCACUGGAAGAAGAUAAUGGCUCAGAUGAUGAACCUUUGAGUGAACUUCGUGAAAAACUGCACCCCCAACAUCAGAGAAAGUCACCUGGUGGUCCACCUAGAAAAACAGCCCCAUUGAUGAAAUCCAAAAGGAAUGCAGCAAGGAAAAAGGUUAAAUAUACAGAGUCUUCCAGUGACAGCUCAGAUGAUGAAGCAUUGGCAGCAAUGAAGACGAAGCUGACAAAGACUCCUAAGGAGCAGAAGACUUCAGCAAACAGCAAGCAAACAAAGCCAAAACAUAAAGACAAAACACCAGAAGGGGAUGACAGCUCCUGCACUGAUGAUGAUGUACCUCUCUCGAAGCUCCUGAUAAAGCCAUGCAGUGAGGAGAAACAGUCACAUGAGGACACACACAGCUCCAUCAGUGUUUCAAAAAAGGACAAAAGUGCUUCAGAUGACUCCUCAGAUGACGAGCCUUUAAUAAAAAAGAAGACAAUUUCACAAUCAUCACCGAAAAAAACAAAAACAAAAGACGACACGUCACUCAAAUCUAAUGGCACAAAUACCAAGAAAGCAGAAUCACUGGAAGAAGAUAAUACCUCAGAUGAUGAACCUUUGAGUGAACUUUGUGAAAAACUGCACCCCCAACAUCAGAGAAAGUCACCUGGUGGUCCAUCUAGAAAAGCAGCCCCAUUGAUGAAAUCCAAAAGGAAUGCAGCAAGGAAAAAAGUUAAAUAUACAGAGUCUUUCAGUGACAGCUCAGAUGAUGAAGCAUUGGCAACAAUGAAGAGGAAGCUGACGAAGACUCCUAAAGAGCAGAAGACUUCAGCAAACAGCAAGCAAGCAAAGCCAAAACAUAAAGACAAAUCAACAGAAGAAUCAUUGGAUGAGGAUAAUAGCUCAGAUUAUGAACCUUUGAGUGAACUAAAAAAGAAACUUAACCCCCAACGUCAGAGAAAGUCACCUGGUGGUCCAUCUAGAAAAGCAGCCCCAGUGAUGAAAUCCAAAAGGAAUGCAGCAAGGAAAAAGGACAGCAGCUCGGAUGAUGAUGUUCCCUUGGUGAACCUUAUUGCCAAAAGAAAGAAACCAAUGAAGAAAAACACAAAGAUGACAACUGCAUCGAGGAGCAGAGCGUCAAGAAAGAGACGAGUGUCAUCAGGCAACAUUUCAGACGAUGAACCCUUAAUCAAAGCGGCUAGACACCCACAAGUGACCAAACUCCUGAGAAUAGUACUGAGGAGGUGUGAUGGUGAAGAAGGUGUGGACACAGGAACAGGGAGCCUGAACAAAAGCAGUGCAGCAACAACGAUUGAGGAAAAGACCUUGAAGGAGGAGUCUGAGGGCUCAGAGAAAUCACCAGAAGAAGAAUAAGCGGAUGUUACAGAAGUUGAUGAUAUGGCGUUUUAUGACCUUGCACUAUCUGGAUGGGGAAGUUCAAGCCACCAAGUGGCUACAGACUCUGAGGGACUUUCUUAAGUGUUGUAUAUCUUUUGGAGAGACAACUCCUAAUAAUUACAAUAAGUGUUUAUGUAAAGUUCAUCAAUGUGUUUUAUAUGCAGGACAUACAUGUUUGUUUAAGGUGUUGGUAUUUUUACUCCUGUUUUUAAGUUUGGUAUAAAAUGUUGUAGGUACCUGAUUUUAUGCAGCCUUUUAUGUUGUUUUACCAUUUGUGCCCAUUGUUGUUAUUGACUGUCUCUGGUUUUAGUUUUUUAGGAGAAUAAUUUUACAUGCAUUAGUUUAAAUUAUAGUACAUUUGUGCCGUCAUGUGAACGACAUUUUCAGCAUGUUGUAGUGGAAAUCUGUUGUGUUGGAUUAAACUGUUUUCACCAUGAAAUUCA